AUGGCCUACGCUAGGGCGAGGGUGUGGGCGGCGAAUGCGACGCGCCUCAGCGUGUUCACUGUGCAGGUGAUGUGCGUCGUGCACCUUGUGAACCAGCACCUGUUUGAAGUGCGGAUGUGCAAAGGCGCCUCGAUGCUGCCUACUUUGUCGCCUGCAGGCGACCUUGUCUUGCAUAUGCGGCUGCCAUUUUUGCGGGCGCUGGCCAAGACGCCGCUCGCAGAUAGCGACCUGACCUCGCGCUUCCCCCCCGUACCAAAAGGGCUACCGUGCGCAAAGACAGACCCCAGCAUGGGCCUCGGGUUAAAGCUCGGCGACAUGGUCGUCGCCAUUUCGCCCGCCGAUCCGUCGCGCACGGUGUGCAAACGGAUUCUGGGCAUGCCGGGCGACACGGUCCUGGUCGACCCCAGAGACGUAGCGAGCGGCCUGUCGGACGCGGCGAUCGCCCACGCGGAGCUCGCGCGCCAUCUCGAAGGACCGCACGCGCGGAUGCACAAUGCGCGUAUCGUCACCAUUCCGCCCGGGCACGUCUGGCUCGCGGGCGACAACCUCGCGAACAGUACCGACAGCCGGCAUUAUGGGCCGGUGCCGAUGGCGCUCGUAAAAGGACGCGUCGUCGCGCGGCUAUACCCCCACCCGCAGUGGCUGCGCAAUGCGCUGCAUCGUGUAUAG